AUGGACAGACUCUACGACAUGGCCACGCUGGUCAAGGACCGCGUGCGCAACAACCUGGGCAACUCUCUAUCGCAAAUGUCGGCGCAGCAGUGGAUCCGCCUCAUCACUGCCGUCUGCGCCUACCUUCUCCUGCGGCCGUACCUGGUCAAGCUGGCCGGCAACGUGCAGAUGAAGCAGAUGGAGAAGGAGGAGGCCCGCGCCGAGGCCGAGGCCGCCGAGAACCGCGCCAAGAUGUCCCCCAACGAGUUCCGCGGCCAGCAGAUCGCCGGCGUGCCCGAAGACACCGACGACGAGGACGACGCCGAACCUGCCGCCCCGGCCCAGUGGGGCAAGAAGGCCAGGAGGCGCCAGCGUCAGGUCGUCAGGAAGAUCCUCGAGGACCAUGAGCAGAAGCUGGCUGAUCAGGCUGGUGAUGAGGAGGACAAGGAUAUCGAGGAGUUCUUGAUUGAUUGA